AUGGACAUCGAGUUGAAGGCAGGAUGCGAGCUAAGAAUAGAAAUACCACCGAAUACAAAGGCAAAGUUUGUCCUAGCUGAAAAUACAGCCGAGAUAUCUGGGCAGGAGCUGCUGCUCGGCAAGUGGUAUACGGUGAAAGAAGAACAGUUCUUUAUUUUCACAUACACGGGGUGCAAAAUAAAACUAGCAGCUAGCAACGCAUUUUACUACAUUUCUGAGGAGACAAACAUUCCGUACAUCUUUAACGUCUUUCACUAUUUACACAAAAAUAACAGAAAGAAGCUGCUGAUUGUGGGCAGUGGCAGAUCAACCUGUGCAAAUAUUUUAACAAACUAUUUUAUCAGAAAGGGAAAAAAAGUGAUGUAUACGGACCUAGAUAUAUACAGCGGCACACUGCUCUUCCCUGGGAACAUUACAAAUGCAAUAAUUCAAGAGCCUUUCAGCCCCAUUGAGCUAGCUACUGUAAAUGAUAAACUGGCGUACUUUUGCGGAUCUCUUAGCGCGAGCGAUAACACAGAUUUGUACAAUCUGCUUCUACACGAGGUCUUGGCCACCGGAAAACAGAAGAGCUACCAGGGCGUGUCUAUAAUCAUCGGGCACAAAGAAAUCACAAAAAAAGAGGUCACUGAUCUGCUGGCCAUGUGCGACUCUGAAUAUUUUGUGCUCGUGGUGGGAGAUGAAAAGUUUUUCAACCAAAUUUCUACUGAGAACAAGAUAUACAUUCCACGGUUCCCAGGGCUAGUAGAGAGAAACACAGAGCAAAGAAGAAAGCAGAUAUCCAGCAGAAUAAAAACCUAUUUCUACGGAGAACAGGAGGAGUACAGCCCCUGCACAAUAUCCAUCAGACUGACAGAGAAAGAUACAGUGCAGAAAAACGAGUACAAAAUAGUUCAGGUAGGAGACGAGUACAUGGCUCCGAUGUCAGCACUUCCGCUGGGCUCGGCAAAAAGGAAGGUGUCCACAGCGGUUCUCCAUUGCUCGCCAGUGGAAGGAUCUGUGCUGGCUGUUUCAUCAGCAGAAAAAAUAGAAGACGUUCCAACAUCUCCUGUGAUAGGGUAUCUCAUUGUGCUGGAAGUGAUAUCUGAAUCAGAGAUAAAGGUAAUCUGUCCGCAGCCAAAGUCGCCGAAUAAGCCGUUCUUAAUCCAGGGAAAGAUAAGAAUGAUGAACUAG